CGCCUUUUCAGGAAUUGUUGUUGAUGCGGAGCUGCGGAAAUCUACAGAUACUCUUCGACGCUCCAAUGUGCCCCGAUGACUGAGAAUUAGCCGUUCGUGACAUGACCACCUCACUACGUUGUUCCCAGCCUCUCAAGGCUGCCUCACGAUCCCUCUUUGCACAAAGUCGAGGGCCGCUAUGUCGGAGCACUUUGCGGAGGUCUUCCAUCGACCGCCCGCGAGCAAUUAGCAGCUACGGUUAUACCCAGGCCAAAGCAUUGGUCUACUCCAAAUAUGGCGAACCUCAAGACGUCUUAUCAAUACAUGGCCACUCCAUAUCGCCCGCGGCAGGUUCCAGCGUCGUCGUCCGGAUGCUUGUUGCCCCAAUCAACCCAGCCGAUGUGAAUCAAAUCCAGGGUGUAUACCCUUCGAAACCCGAGAUGAACACAGCCCUCGGAACCUCAGAAGCUGCUGCAGUUGCAGGCAAUGAAGGAGUCGCAGAGGUCGUUAGCACGGGAUCCGGUGUCAAAACCCUGAGCAAGGGCGAUUGGGUCAUAAUGAAGUACACGGGACAAGGAACAUGGAGAACACAUAUGGCUGUCGAUGAAAGCAAACUGUUGAAGAUUGACAACAAAGACGGUUUGACCCCUCUACAGGUCGGGACCGUGUCGGUCAACCCUUGCACGGCCUACCGCAUGUUACUCGAUUCGGCAACAUGGAAGUUCAUGGGAGACGAAUGGUUCAUCCAGAAUGGCGCGAACAGCGGUGUUGGACGAGCAGCUAUUCAACUAGGCAAGGAAUGGGGCUUCAAGAGCAUCAAUGUCAUACGGGGCCGUGAAAAUAAAGAGGAGGAGCAAAAGCUCAAGCAGGAUCUGCUAGAUAUUGGAGCGACCAAAGUCAUCACAGAAGAAGAGCUAAUGAGCAGAGAAAUUAGAGACCAGAUCAAAGAAUGGACUCAUGGCGGCCGAGAACAGAUCAAGGUCGGAUUGAACUGUGUUGGUGGCAAGCCAGCUACAGCUUUGGCCAAGUUCCUAAGUCCUGGAGCCACGAUGGUCACCUAUGGUGCUAUGAGCAAGCAGCCUCUGGCACUUCCUGCAUCACUAUUGAUCUUCAAGGAUAUUUCAUUCACCGGAUUCUGGGUGAGCAAAUGGAGUGACCGCCAUCCAGACCAAAAGAAGCAGACCGUUGACGAUGUGCUUCGCCUUACGAGAGAAAAGAAGUUUAAAGAUAUACCUGUACAAGAGUGCAAAUGGGCUUGGGAGACCGAGGUCGACACUCUCAAGGCGGCGGUCCAAGGCACUCUGGGUGGUUUCAGGCCUGGGAAAGGCGUGUUUGUGUUUGAAGAGACUUGAACAGCGAUACAUUCGACAGAUGAGUGGGCGGGUUUGUCUGAAACGAGAAGAGAUUCCGCAUAAAGCCCCUGACGCCUGCUUGUGGUCAUAUAGUGUCAGCGUCCACCUAACCUGAAAUGGACGACUUGCCCGAUACGGAUGUCUUUCCAGAUGUAAAACCUACGUAUCCCCUAUGAUGCAUGUGUGAGAACUGGUAUAUGCCAACGAGGUCAAAUAGCAGGGCUUAAAGGCUCUAAGCUGCGUCAUCCAUGCACCUUGAAUCCUUAAUCGGAUGGGAUGAAAGUAUUUCCUUGCGUCCAACCGACUUGGUCAUCCUACACCAACAAGGCUGUAGGAUUUGGCCAAUCACAUUCACUUUUCGAGCUUUCCCGCGGAGUCUUUGCCGCCUCUGUCCAUGUCCAAUGUCCA